UUGUUACCGCUUUAAUUUUAUUUUUCUUUGUAAACUUGGAAAUUCGUAUGUAAUGAAUACAAUACUUUGUAUGUUUUAAUCUAAGAAUGUUCUAAAUCAAGAUCUAAAAUUACUAAAAUAUAUAAUGAAAGUUUUCUUUACAACCUUAAAAUAGUCUAUAUAAGUUUUAGUAAGGAUGGGUGUCACAGUUUUGCAGCAGUAUCCAGUGCCCGAGAAUAAAACCGGUACAUACGUAAUAGAGUUGUUAACAAAAAGGAUAUUAGCUCUCGGCGCAACACAACAGGGACAGUUUCUUGUGGAUUGCGAAAGUUAUCUUUCACUUCCCCAACUGGGUACAACAAAAACAGUCCACAUUCUUCAUAAUUCAGAGCAACCGGCAUCUGUCUUCUCAAUAUUAGAGAGUGGUACGAAAAAUAUCCAUGUCAUAGCGGAUGGGUUGUUCGACUUAUUAAUGAUGAAGCUGUCACAGCACUACACAUCUAAAAAACAAACAAAAAUAGAAAGCAAAGGACCAAGAUUUGAGCUUGGUGACUUCUGCGUGAAACUGGGCUCGGUGACGAUGAAUCAAAGUUUCAAAGGUGUUCUUGUUGAGGUAGAAUAUCGUCCAUGUGUAAUGGCGAAUGCGGUGUGGGGUCUACUUCGUGAAUUCCUACAAGGGCUUUUAGGCCCGUCUGUACCCGUCCAGCCACCGCAACACCUCGUUAGCCGAAUGAACGAAAUCUAUACACCAAUGGACACUAUCUAUCAAUAUUUAGAACAUUUCAGUGCUUACAGAAAACUUACAGGAUUAAGAGUGUUACACGUACAUCUCGUGGAACUGGAUGUGAUAGACUGUGGGAUAGAUCAUGAAGUGGAUGUGGCGGAGGGCGACGUUGAGAUUUCACAGUACCCGUGGCUCGGAAUACUGUAUUACUCUUUCUACGACAGCUUUGGUGAAGCACGAGCCGUGACAACCGUUGCGCUAAUACAAGCUGAGUUUGUGAUAGCUUCUGCUGCAGAUAUUGGACCAAUGCCUAAAAAUGAUUUCAGAACAAACAGUUUCGUUCUUCUCGGCGAUGACUGGCAGCACGGCGAGCGUCGUGUUCGCAACUAUGUAUUGCAUCCCGAGUAUGGCGAAACAUACAACACGGUCGCUUUAGUGCAGCUCAAAACGCCUGUUCGCAGUGAAAAGAUAAGACCUUUAUGUCCGCCUCCAGAUAGAUUGAGAAAUCCUGAGUUUUACGUUGUGAAAUUUAAAGAUAAUGAUUAUACUAUUCUCCAAAAGCAAGUAAUCCCCGUGAUAUACGUGAUGCCAAGUUUGUGUAAGGAGUUUUAUGUUCGCGCGAAUUUGUACGCAAAGAAGAUGCGUCCCCCGCACGUGGCGUGCGCGGUGUCCGUGGAGCGGAGCGACGUGUGCGUGUGGCGCGCGGGCGGGGCGCUCGUGGCGCGCGACGUGUGGGGGCGCUGGCAGCUGCUCGGGCUGGGCGUGCGCGGGCCGGGCUGCGGCGCGCCGUCGCGCUACCUCGACAUGCUGGCGUACUCCCCGUGGGUGCAGGACAGCCUCGGCCGGUUCCGCAGGGUCAGCAUCUCGAAGAUAUCGAGGCAGAAAUAUAUCCUGCGAAGCGGGAGUCAUGCCUAUCAGAGAUUUGGCAAUUGUGACGAGGAAGAAAAAAAAAACUUGCUUUACCGGGAGGUGGUAGUGUUACGAACAGACAACAAUCAGUAUCAAUUUUUGACGUACAAUUUCUCAUUGUACGAAAACGUGGAGUUCACGUGCCUGACGAUGGAGUUGGUGAAUGCUUCGGCCGUCUCCGAGAUGAGGGUCAAGCACUUUUGCACGAGGGAGUCUAGGGGACCGCCAUGCUAUAAUUUCAAAGGAUCUGUCUUCGAAAUAUCGGUAUACCUCAUGUUCUCCGACUCGUGUAGCUUCGAGAUGUUCGCGUGGGGCUGGCCGAAGAACAUGACACUUAUCGAUAUUCACCACUGGAAGUUAGAAGAGGGCACCUACUACGAAGACUUCACCAUGCAGCCAGUGGAGUAUCGCGGCCCGAUGCACGAGACGGAGUUCGGCUACGAGCCCGAGGACCGCGAGAUGUGGACUCCGGACUACGACGUGUGGUCUACGAGCGAGCCGCCCGACCCUCGUUGCACCACCACCACGAGACCCAAAAGAGGAGAUAAUGAAAAGCCAGAUACAUUAGAGGGCGCUGUCGUAUCAGAUACUGGCAGCCUUGACGUCGGAGUCCACGCAGCCACGAAAGCACCGAACAUCACUUUAAUUCAUUUUAUGACCGGCAAACCUAAUCUCAUACCCAAAUUUAUACCAAAGAUAAAGCCAGCGCCGGAACAAAGCGAUAAUUCAAUUGCUACUUCGAAAACAAAAUAAGUUUUCAAUUCAGUUUGGUCAGUUUUCAGUUUUUUUUUGUUGUUGCUACUUGAAGUCACAGAUAACGAACUUUUUUUUCUUUAUUUAAUUUAGGGACUGUUGUCCUACACACGUCAGUCCCAAUGUCCCUUUUAUAUUUUGUAACAUAUAAAAUUCCAAGAGCAUCCUAGCAGAUUCUGAUAGAAUGCUCUGAACUAAUCCAACAUCGAACAAAAGAUAACGAACUUUCUAAUGUGAUAUAUUGUUUGCAUGAAAUUUAUUGAUACACUAAAAAAUUAUGUAAUAUUAU